AUGAAACCAUCAUCAGCCUUGGAGCAGCAUCAGUGCUUUCUCUUAAGAAUAUGGCCCUGUCUCUUGUUGCACCUCCUUGCACUUUUCUCACCAAUCUCGCCAGCAUCUUUCAGCAACUCCAACAUGAGGUUACACACGGCAGUCGCCUGCAUGGGCCUUGUGCAGUUAUCGUGGGCCGUCAAAAAGUGCUACUACCCCAACGGUGUUGAGGCCACGACCGACACGCCAUGUCACCCCGAAGCAGAGGACAGCAUGUGCUGUUUUAAAGGGGGGUCGUAUGGGCGGGCCUGUCUGUCGAACAAGAUGUGCCAGGCUCCGGAUGGGAAGAUUAUCAGGGGGACAUGCACUGAUCGAAACUGGAAUUCGCCAGAGUGCGCCUCUUUUUGCAUGAGUUCGUUCAUCCUGGUGUGUUAUUUUGGACUGGUAAGGGCUAACACCGAAGGAAUAGAUGUCGGCGGCGGGGGAGCAAACCUCAUAUCAUGCUCCAAUGUCACAGACAAAGACACGUCGUUUUGUUGCGAGAAGACAGAGACGGGGAGGUGCUGCGAUGAUGGGAUAGGGCGAUUCGAGGUAAUGCCGCCGAGGCCGGUCACGUUGGCUCUUUGGGAUUCCAGCGAGGGGUUUUACACGCCUUUGGCUCAGGUUUCGAGUUCGAGUUCCACUUCGACGACAACUAAACCCUCAACGCCGUCCUUCGAACCUAGUCCGACCACAGCGACAAACGCCAGUGGCCCAAAGGAGACUGGAUCGGGCGACAACGGCUCGCCGGGUGGCUCAACGAGAGAUGGCUCAACAGGGGGCUCAGGCCAAGACCCAGGCCCUUCGUCCUCAUCAUCAGGAGGCGGGCUUCCCGUAGCAGCGCAGGUCGGUAUUGGCGUGGGCGCAGCUAGUGUUGUCAUAAUGGUCUCAGUUAUUGCAUGGCUGAUGUGGAAACUCCACAAGACCAAGAGGGCUUUGGUCGAGCCGGUGGCACCUUUUCUCGAUCCGUCACAGCAGAAACCCUCUCCGUAUCUUCAGGAAUGGCACAAGCAGCAGCAGCAGCAACAACAAUACCAGAACGCGACGGAACUGCGAAGUGGGCGGGAUUGGGAUCAGGCACAUCAUGGAGCAGCGACACCUGGGUCAGCGGAACUGGCACAUUACGGCCCGCAGGUGUCUGCUGAGUUGCCGGGGGUGUCGAAUCGAUAUGCUUGA